GGAGUCUUGUCUCUCUCUCCCUGUCUCUCCGAGAAUCCUGAGUUGAGUCCGCCGGAGAGAAGAGCAGCAGCCAUGGGGAACCGGGGUAUGGAAGACCUUAUUCCCCUCAUCAACAAGCUCCAGGACGCCUUCAGCUGCAUCGGCCAGAGCUGCAACCUGGACCUGCCGCAAAUCGCCGUGGUCGGAGGGCAGAGCGCCGGGAAAAGCUCGGUUCUGGAAAAUUUCGUUGGAAGGGACUUUCUACCCCGGGGCUCUGGUAUCGUGACCCGAAGACCUCUUGUCCUUCAACUGGUCAACAACCAAGCAGAGUAUGCUGAGUUCCUCCAUUGUAAAGGUCGUAAGUUUGUGGACUUUGAUGAGGUGCGUUUGGAGAUUGAGGCCGAGACUGAUCGCAUCACUGGGUCCAAUAAGGGAAUCUCUGCUGUUCCCAUCAACCUCCGAGUCUAUUCCCCUAAUGUGUUAAACCUGACUCUUAUAGAUCUACCAGGGAUGACUAAGGUAGCGGUGGGAGACCAGCCAGUCGACAUCGAGCACCAGAUCAGAGACAUGCUGAUGCAGUUCAUAACUAAAGAAUCCUGUCUGAUCCUGGCUGUGACUCCAGCUAACCAGGAUCUGGCCAACUCUGAUGCUCUCAAGAUUUCUAAGGAGGUCGACCCUCAAGGGUUACGUACCAUCGGAGUGAUCACCAAGCUGGACCUGAUGGACGAGGGGACGGACGCACGGGACAUUCUAGAGAAUAAACUACUGCCGCUACGCAGGGGUUACAUUGGGGUGGUGAAUCGUAGUCAGAAGGAUAUUGACGGCAGGAAGGAUAUUAAAGCAGCUCUGGGUGCAGAGAGGAAGUUCUUCCUGUCUCAUCCAGGAUACAGACACAUAGCCGACCGCAUGGGAACACCACAUCUACAGAAAACACUCAACCAGCAACUGACCAACCACAUCCGGGACACGUUGCCAGGGUUACGUAGUAAGCUCCAGAGCCAGCUUCUAUCUCUGGAGAAAGAGGUGGAGGAAUACAAGAACUUCAAACCAGACGACCCGACACGCAAGACCAAGGCCCUACUGCAGAUGGUUCAGCAGUUUGGUGUAGACUUUGAGAAGCGUAUUGAGGGAUCAGGGGAUCAGGUGGAUACUGCAGAGCUCUCUGGAGGAGCUAGAAUCAACAGGAUCUUCCAUGAGAGAUUCCCCUUCGAACUGGUCAAGAUGGAGUUUGAUGAGAAGGAGUUGAGGAGAGAGAUCAGUUAUGCCAUCAAGAACAUCCAUGGAGUGAGAACAGGCCUGUUCACCCCUGACCUCGCCUUUGAGGCCAUAGUGAAAAAGCAGAUCAUUAAGCUGAAAGAGCCCUGUCUGAAAUGUAUGGACCUGGUGAUCCAGGAGCUCAUCAACACCGUGCGCCAGUGCACCAAUAAGCUUGGCUCCUACCCCAGACUGAGAGAAGAGACAGAGAGAAUCGUCACAACCUACGUCAGAGAGAGAGACAUCAAAACCAAAGACCAGGUGCUGCUGUUGAUUGACAUUGAGCUGUCUUACAUCAACACAAAUCAUGAGGACUUCAUUGGCUUCGCAAACGCGCAACAGAGGACCACUGUUACUGCUGCUAUUAACAACAAGAAGAGAGUGAUGCCAAACCAGGUGAUCCGGAGGGGCUGGCUCACUAUCAACAUAAGCAUUAUGAAGGGGGGGUCCAAAGACUACUGGUUCGUCCUGACUGCAGAGUCACUGUCCUGGUACAAGGAUGAGGAGGAGAAAGAGAAGAAGUACAUGCUGCCUCUAGAUAAUCUGAAGCUGAGAGACGUGGAGAAAGGUUUCAUGUCCACAAAACACACAUUCGCCAUCUUCAACACCGAGUCCAGGAACGUGUAUAAGGACCUACGUCAGAUCGAGCUGGCCUGUGACACACAGGAGGAUGUGGACAGCUGGAAGGCUUCGUUCCUCAGGGCUGGAGUUUACCCUGAGAAAGACCAGGUUGACAGUGAGGACACGGGACCAGCAGAAUCCUUCUCUAUGGAUCCCCAGCUGGAGAGGCAGGUUGAGACCAUAAGGAAUCUAGUGGAUUCCUACAUCGGCAUCGUCAACAAGUCCAUCAGGGAUCUAAUGCCCAAGACCAUCAUGCACCUCAUGAUCAACAGCGCUAAAGACUUCAUCCAUUCUGAGUUGUUGGCCUACCUGUAUUCCUGUGGGGACCAGGGCAGUCUGAUGGAGGAGUCAGCUGACCAGGCUCAGAGGAGAGAUGAGAUGUUGAGGAUGUACCAUGCGCUGAAAGAAGCCCUGCUGAUCAUAGGAGACAUCAGUACAACCACAGUGUCAGCACCUGUACCUCCACCUGUAGACGACACCUGGAGGACCAAGGAACCCAGCCCCCCUCCUCAGGCCAGACCAGUCCCGGCCGCUGCCCCCCCUCCUAGUCGCCCCCCGGCAGCAAGAGGCCCCACCGCCGCCCCUCCCCCCUCCAGUCCCCAAAACCCAGCUUUCGGGGCGCCCCUCAUCCCCUCUCGGCCCGGACCCCCACCAGUCAACACCUACAGUGCAGCGGACCCUGUCGUCAAUGUCCCCCUGAUCCCAUCUCGCCCAGCCAGGGUACCCCCAGCCCUGCCCCCCGGCAUACCCAGAAGACCCCCAGCGGCCCCAGGCCGGCCCACCAUCAUACGCCCUUCAGAGCCUUCACUGCUGGACUAGACAGACAGAAAGACAGACAGACAGACAGACAGACAAAAUGAACAAUUACCACUCCUAAUGUCCUUUCACUACAAAGAAACACUUUGCGUAACGUUGAUGUUUUAUUCCCUAACAUGAUUCAAGACUGUCUUUCAUGUAUUCUUUCUUAAUAUUCAUAUUGUCAUGUUGUUGUUAUUUCAUGUAUUCUUUAUAUUAUUAUUUACUAUUUUACUUGUUUUUUCAUUUAAGCAACACUAUGUACUUUUGAUCACAUAGUUUUUUUUUAUAGCUUUGUUACAAUGUUUAAUACCUUCAAUUUUUCAAACGGAUUGAGAGAGAGAGAGAAAAAUGAAACCUACAUUUUUUUGUUUAACUCUUUAACUUACUUUAAUGAACUUAGUUCAAACCGGUGGAUUAGACAGAAUUUAAAAUCAAACCGGUUUAAAAUAUGUAACAGAUUUUUGUGAAUACCUAGAAUACUUCUUCACAUGGAAGCACUUAUUCCGUUUAAAAAUAAAUAACAAAUACACUCCAUAAUUAAUAACAAAAUACUUAGUUCUUUAUACUGUUUCAAAUGUUUCUAUCCUUCUUACUGGAUCAUAUGUACAUUUGUAUUUUUAGAUCUGAUCUUCAAUAUCUAUGCAGGAAUAUUAUAGUAAGUCCUUUCUGGCUCGCAGCUUUUUGAAAUUCAUUUUGAUGAAAUGCUAAUUAUGCUAUAAAAUCUGAAUUGACAGGAUUUGACAUGGAAUUGACACCAACCCUGUAGUCAAUACAGAUACCAGGUGUCUCGUCAGUCAUCGAUGUUAGUAGUAGAUAGUUGUUAGACAAGGGCCGAGAUUCAAUCAAAGAUGCGUUGUCGAUAAGCUCACUGCACUUGACUUUUAAAGGGUUAUUUAUGACAUCCACAGGGUUUACCGCAAAUGCAAUCUCUGCAAACAUCUUGGAAAUUCCCUUUAAAAGGAUCAUUGUUGUGAGUGUUGUUUGCUUAUCGCUUCUUUAAUUAAAUCCCGGCUUUUAGCCCAGUCUAUUGUAAAUGGUAGCUUGCUGUCAAUCUGGCCUCUGCUUCCUGAAUGGACCAAUCAAAAUAGACCUGCUUCCUGAAUGGACCAUUCAAAAUAGACCUGGUUCCUGAAUGGACCAAUCAAAAUACACCUGCUUCCUGAAUGGACCAUUCAAAAUAGACCUGAUUCCUGAAUAGACCAAUCAAAAUUGACCUGCUUCCUGAAUGGACCAAUCAGAAACCAGACAGAGGGGUAGUGCACCACAUAGGGAAUAGGAUGCCGUUUCAGACUUUUUUAAUUACUUUUUCUAUUUUUCUAAGUGCCUCUUACCUGUGGCUUUCCUAUUGGAUGAACAGAUGAAUGACAUGAUACGUUAACAAAGGAAUGAAUCACUGGGUGAACGAGGGAUGGUAGAAUGGAACAGUAGUGUGAAGGUGGAUAGAGAUGGUAGAAUGGAACAGUAGUGUGAAGGUGGAUAGAGAUGGUAGAAUGGAACAGUAGUGUGAAGGAAGAUAGAGAUGGUAGAAUGGAACAGUAGUGUGAAGAAGGAUAGAGAUGGUAGAAUGGAACAGUAGUGUGAAGAAGGAUAGAGAUGGUAGAAUGGAACAGUAGUGUGAAGAAGGUGGAUAGAGAUGGUAGAAUUGAACAGUAGUGUGAAGGUGGAUAGAGAUGGUAGAAUGGAACAGUAGUGUGAAGAAGGAUAGAGAUGGUAGAAUGGGACAGUAGUGUGAAGAAGGUGGAUAGAGAUGGUAGAAUGGAACAGUAGUGUGAAGAAGGUGGAUAGAGAUGGUAGAAUGGAACAGUAGUGUGAAGAAGGUGGAUAGAGAUGGUAGAAUGGAACAGUAGUGUGAAGAAGGAUAGAGAUGGUAGAAUGGAACAGUAGUGUGAAGAAGGUGGAUAGAGAUGGUAGAAUGGAACAGUAGUGUGAAGGUGGAUAGAGAUGGUAGAAUGGAACAGUAGUGUGAAGGUGGAUAGAGAUGGUAGAAUGGAACAGUAGUGUGAAGGUGGAUAGAGAUGGUAGAAUGGAACAGUAGUGUGAAGAAGGAUAGAGAUGGUAGAAUGGAACAGUAGUGUGAAGAAGGAUAGAGAUGGUAGAAUGGAACAGUAGUGUGAAGAAGGUGGAUAGAGAUGGUAGAAUGGAACAGUAGUGUGAAGGUGGAUAGAGAUGGUAGAAUGGAACAGUAGUGUGAAGAAGGUGGAUAGAGAUGGUAGAAUGGAACAGUAGUGUGAAGGAGGAUAGAGAUGGUAGAAUGGAACAGUAGUGUGAAGAAGGAUAGAGAUGGUAGAAUGGAACAGUAGUGUGAAGGAGGAUAGAGAUGGUAGAAUGGAACAGUAGUGUGAAGGUGGAUAGAGAUGGUAGAAUGGAACAGUAGUGUGAAGAAGGUGGAUAGAGAUGGUAGAAUGGAACAGUAGUGUGAAGAAGGUGGAUAGAGAUGGUAGAAUGGAACAGUAGUGUGAAGAAGGAUAGAGAUGGUAGAAUGGAACAGUAGUGUGAAGAAGGUGGAUAGAGAUGGUAGAAUGGAACAGUAGUGUGAAGGUGGGUAGGGAUGGUAGAAUGGAACAGUAGUGUGAAGGUGGAUAGAGAUGGUAGAAUGGAACAGUAGUGUGAAGAAGGUGGAUAGAGAUGGUAGAAUGGAACAGUAGUGUGAAGGUGGAUAGAGAUGGUAGAAUGGAACAGUAGUGUGAAGGUGGAUAGAGAUGGUAGAAUGGAACAGUAGUGUGAAGGUGGAUAGAGAUGGUAGAAUGGAACAGUAGUGUGAAGGUGGAUAGAGAUGGUAGAAUGGAACAGUAGUGUGAAGGUGGAUAGAGAUGGUAGAAUGGAACAGUAGUGUGAAGGUGGAUAGAGAUGGUAGAAUGGAACAGUAGUGUGAAGGUGGAUAGAGAUGGUAGAAUGGAACAGUAGUGUGAAGAAGGAUAGAGAUGGUAGAAUGGAACAGUAGUGUGAAGAAGGUGGAUAGAGAUGGUAGAAUGGAACAGUAGUGUGAAGAAGGUGGAUAGAGAUGGUAGAAUGGAACAGUAGUGUGAAGAAGGAUAGAGAUGGUAGAAUGGAACAGUAGUGUGAAGAAGGUGGAUAGAGAUGGUAGAAUGGAACAGCAGUGUGAAGAAGGUGGAUAGAGAUGGUAGAAUGGAACAGUAGUGUGAAGAAGGUGGAUAGAGAUGUGAUAUGGGAUAAUAAAGAGUUAAAGGGA